AUGAAUAUGACUAGUGAUUAUAGAGAUCCUUUAAUUGAUUUGUUGAAUUCGGAUCCUAAUUCUCCUGGAAAUUUACCAAUCCAUGAAGACAUUCAAACUAUUCAAAGAAAUGUCAAUAAUGAUCACACUUCAUUUAAUGAACCUCCUUUAACUCCUUUGUUAACUCAACAACAACAUCAACAACCUUUGUAUACUACAAAUGGAUCAACACCAUCUAAUCAUGGAUUUGAUUUCGACCAUCAACUUGAUAUUAAUCCCGUUUCUCCUGAACAACAACAACAACAGCAACCACAGGUAUUAUCACCUCCAAGAAAGAAAAGAAAUACCAGAAGUCAAACAAAAGCUCAGGAACAACAAAAACUAGACAUAAAGCAAGAAGAGGAAGAACAAGCGCCAUCUCAAUCAAAUCCUGUUGAACCCGAAAUUGUAGAUCCAGCAACUUCACUUUUUGGAGAUGGGUCGGAUUCUGGGGCUUCUGAAUAUUUCCAACCAACUCCCAUUUCACCAAAUUCUCAACAACAACAAUUAAUUGCUCAAGAUUUUCAACUUAUGAAUAAUAAAUUUUCGGGUCUUCAUAAUCCAACUACCCAUUUUGAACAACAUCUUCCUCCUUUACAACCAUUAUCUGAAAGUGUCAUACCACAUGGAAUCAGUUUUCAACCUUUGAUAUUACCAAAUGAUCCUCGACAAAGUUUAACUAUUGGUAAAGUCAAUGACAGUGUUAACAAGCGUAUUCAAGAACAGCAAUCAGCAAGUAUUCAGGCGUCUUCAAGUUCUGGAGGGCAAGGUCAACGUAAGAAAAAAGAGCCGACUGGUCCUAAAACACGUCCAGCUUUUGUUAUGAAAAUUUGGUCAAUGGUGAAUGAUCCAGCAAAUCAUGAUUAUAUUAGAUGGAAUGAUGAUGGGAAAACAUUUCAAGUUUUCCAAAGAGAAGAUUUCAUGAAGAUUAUUUUACCUAAAUAUUUCAAACAUAAUAAUUUUGCCAGUUUUGUUAGACAGUUGAAUAUGUAUGGAUGGCACAAAGUUCAAGAUAUAAAUAAUGGUACUUUAAAUCAAAGUUGUGAUAAAAAUGGUCUUGAUGAAAUUUGGCAAUUUGAAAAUCCCAACUUUAUUAGAGAUCGUGAAGAUUUAUUAGAUAAAAUUGUUAGAAACAAGAGUAAUUCAAAUCAAGAUGACAUGAAUGGUAAUGGAGGAGUUUCAUUUAAUAAUCUCAACAAUGCUGCUAAUUUAUCUUUGAUUUUACAAGAAUUGGAAACCAUUAAAAUGAAUCAAUAUGCUAUUAGUGAAGAUUUAAGAAGGGUUAGACUGGAUAAUAAAAUGUUAUGGCAAGAGAAUUAUCUAAAUAGAGAAAGAAAUCAAGUUCAAGGACGUACGUUGGAUAAAAUUUUGAAAUUUUUGUCUGUUAUUUAUGGGAAUAAUGCUAAUCAAUUAUUGAAUGGACAAGUUAACAGUGUGAACAUUCCUAAUGCUAAUCUUAAUGGUAAUGCCAAUAAUUCUGUUACUCCAUAUAAAUCAGCACCUUCACCAUUUAUUCCUAGAUCUAAAAGUCAACCACCACCAGAAGAUUACUUUCAACAGCAAUUCCAUGAAUCAGGGCAGGCCACUAGUUCAUCCAGCAAUCAACAUCAUCUUGAUGGUAAUAAUAAUAAUAAUAAUAGUCAUAAUAACAACAAUUCCACUUUGGUAAACAAUAUUGAUUUUGAAAACCGCGCUGUUCAUCGUCCACGUUUGAUGUUGACUAAUAAAGCACAUUCAAGAAGAUCAACCAUAUCAAGAGCAAAAUCAAGUCCAGAAGGGUCAAUUGAAGAAAUCAUUCGUUCUUAUUCCAAUGGGAAAACAUCCGAUUCAAAUGCUCAUAAGAUUUAUCAACAAAUGAUUAACAAUCAAGAUAGUAAUCUGAUUUCAUCACCAAGAUUUGAUAAUAAUUUCCCACAAGAUUUAAGUUUACCUGGAACACCUAAAAACUAUGAUGAAUUGGAAAAGCAUAUCAAUAGUCAAGGACAAUCAAUUGAACAAGUUCAAGAUUGGAUUGAAAGAUUAGCUCACGAACAACAUGAUCAAGAGCAACAACAACAGGGUGGUAAUAAUCAUGAUGAUGAUGAAUUUGAUGUUAAUGAAUUUUUAAGAGAGGCUGCUACACCUGGUAGUGUGGUUAAUUCUCCAGUUGUAAUCACUCCUGGUUCAAAUAAUAAUAACAAUAACAAUUCAAAUGGAACUUCAGCUACAAUUAAUGGAACAUCGUCAAAUUCUAACAACACUAAUAGUAGAAAGAGAAGCAUUCAAGAAGUUAAUGGAAGUAAUGAUAUUUAA